CCCUCCUCACAACACAGGACGCAACGCAUCCAACGCGCCCCGCCCGCCCGGUUGGAUUCGAUUCCUCCCAAACUUGUCGUCCCCAAGCAGCAGCCUUUCCCUCUCUUUCCCAUGGCCACCAAGCCCGGCAGGGCGGCCGCCGCGGUGCUGCUCCUCACCCUGCUCGCCGCUCUACACGCGGCCGCCCGCAACAACAACAACAACGAGAACCGCAACCCGGGCGGCGGCGGCGGCGACCCGGGCGCCUUCUUCGCCGGGAUGCCGCGGUUCAGCGGCGGCGGGGUGCCAGGCGGCGGCGGGUUCUUCGGCGGCUGGGGCGAGGGCGGUCUCGGGUACCGGCGCGGCGCUGUGGUGCCGCCCUCCACGGUGUGCCCGCAGGACGGGCCCUGCCGCGGGAAGCGCCUCACCUGCCCGCCGCGCUGCUUCCGGACCUUCAGCUACGGCGGCAAGAACGGGGGCGGCGGCGGAGGCGGCGGAGGCUGCAGCUUCGACUGCACCGAGCGCUGCGCCGCCACCUGCUGAGUGAAUCUGGGAUGUAUUAGAGGAGGGCGUGGCCGUAGCUAUAGCUAAAGCUCGUGUACUCCUUCCUCUACUGGCAUGCGGUGCACUGCUUCUUCCUGCUCGUCCACUGAUACGAAUUAUCGCUACUACUAAUAGUAUCGAGGUGGUUUGGUUUGGUUUAGCUGUUGGUUUGUUGCGAGUUGUGAUCGGUCGUGAUCACGUACGUGAUGACUGAUGAGAUCAUUUAUGCAUGUGUGUCUGUAAAUUUGGUGUCUGCCAGUGCCAGUGCCAGACUGAUCAAUAAUAGCAGAGGAGAGGAGAUGAAUAAAGAGAAAUUUAGA